CUGCCCAGUUGUCGACGGUAGACGCAGUGAGGCGGUCCCAACCAAGCUUUCUAAAAAUAGAAGCCGUCUUUAGUUAGUUUUGUUUUACUAUUUCGAAAGUUAUUUGUGUGUUUUUAACAUCUGUCCAUAACUAUGGCUUCAUCUGAUGUUGCGCGACAGCCGGAUAACCGAGUCCGACCCCUGUCCCUGGCUGGCCAUGUGGGCUUUGACAGCCUCCCAGAUCAGCUUGUCAACAAGUCCAUCUGCCAGGGCUUCUGCUUCAAUAUUCUCUGCAUAGGUGAAACCGGUAUCGGCAAGUCGACUCUGAUGGACACUCUGUUCAAUACCAACUUUGAGAACUUUGAGUCAUCCCACUUUGAGCCUCAAGUGAAACUGCGUGCCCAAACCUAUGACCUGCAGGAGAGCAAUGUCCGCCUACGCCUUACCGUGGUCAACACUGUGGGCUUCGGAGACCAAAUGAACAAACAAGAGAGCUACCAGCCAGUGGUGGACUACAUCGACAGGCAGUUUGAGAGUUAUCUACAGGAAGAGCUGAAAAUCAAACGAUCUCUUCACAACUACCACGACUCGCGAGUCCAUGCCUGCCUGUACUUCAUCUCCCCCUCGGGUCAUUCACUCAAAUCCCUGGACCUGGUCACAAUGAAGAAACUAGACAGCAAGGUGAACAUCAUCCCGGUGAUCGCCAAAGCCGACACCAUCAGUAAGAGCGAGUUGCACAAGUUCAAGAUCAAAAUCAUGAGCGAGCUGGUCAGCAACGGAGUCCAAAUCUACCAGUUCCCCCUGGACGAUGAGACCGUGGCCAAGGUCAACACAACCAUGAACGGUCAUUUGCCGUUCGCUGUGGUGGGCAGCACAGAGGAAGUGUCUGUGGGCAAUAAGAUGGUGAAGGCUCGUCAGUAUCCCUGGGGCGUGGUUCAAGUGGAGAACGAGAGUCACUGCGACUUUGUGAAGCUGAGGGAGAUGCUGAUCUGUGUAAACAUGGAGGACCUGAGGGAGCAGACACACACGCGCCACUAUGAGCUGUACAGGCGCUGCAAGCUGGAGGAAAUGGGAUUCAAAGACACGGGUCCCGAGUGCAAACCCGUCAGCUUGCAGCAGACUUAUGAGGCCAAGCGACAGGAGUUCCUGGUGGAGCUGCAGAAGAGAGAGGACGAGAUGAGGCAGAUGUUUGUGCAGAGGGUGAAGGAGAAGGAGUCUGAGCUGAAGGAGGCUGAGCGAGAGCUGCAGAGUCGUUUUGAGCAGCUGAAGCGCCUCCAUGCAGAUGAGAAAUCGUCUCUGGAGGAAAAGAAGAGACUCCUGGACGACGACCAGAGCUCCUUCGGCAAGAGAAGAGCUGCCGCCCAGCUGCUGCAGGCACAGAGCCUCACCGCCAACGGCAAGAAGGACAAAGACCGCAAGAAUUCUGGCUUCAUGUGAAGACUCUUGGAUCUGCAGAACACUCCAGUAUGACCAGUAAAACCAGUGGCAUUGUGGGCCGCUUCCUUUCCAUUCCUACGUGGCCAGUCUCAAACACUAACCAGUAAAACACCCACACAAACCAGCAGUGUGAGUUUGUGCCAAAGUUUAAGGUCUGUACCCUUUGUGUGUGUGUGCGGUUAGUCGUCUUUUAUACCAAUGUGUAAUAUUUUAUAUUAAGUCUUUUCACUUUUAUACAAAACCUGUAUUUCCUAUUUUAUUUGGACCUCUCCCAGCCUCUCACUAGAUGCUUUCAACAUUAUAUCGAAUUGGGAAUCUUUACUUACGUUGAAUCUGCCGGCCUUAUGUCCAGUGUAUAAUAAGAACACACUCAUUGUGUUGAAAUGCCGCCUUUUACUAAUGAGGAAAAAACCUCUUUGAUAUGCUUGCAAUUUACCAUGAAGGCCCAUGCACUUCAAGAGGGGGAUUUACAUUUUGGUCUAUUUGUCGUCAGAGGCAAGUGGCUCAUUAAUAAAACCUCAGAGAUAAACAAUUGCUUUAAUCUUUUUUUCAACUUGGCAGUUUCCCGCAGUGAGAAUAGUGUGAGAACUGAUACUCCCCGUGUAAUGGUGCUGUCAUGCUUAAAUGAUGAUGUUCCACAGUAAUUACUCCACAGAGAGCUUUGAUAUUUAACAGAUGUGUAGCUACAUCCAGCAAUGUAACGCAUCUCAUGUCUGUGAAGGGCUGAACUGAUCCUUCCUGGAGGCCGACUUGGUGCAUUCAUCAUUAAGGGUUGUCAUUAUCACGGUCCCUUUUCUGUAUUGUGUCUGAUUUUUGUAUCUAUCACCUCCUUGAUGCUUUACACUUUAACUAUGAGCACAUCAGCGUUACAAAGAGCAGCGGGAGCCACACCCACUCUCCUGUAAAUGCUUUCUAGCAUGUUGGGGCUGCUUGGUUUUGGAUUAGGUGCAAGGUAGCAGCAUAUAUUUAUAUUUAUAUAUACAUUGUUUCUUUUCUUUUUCUUUGUGACGCAAGCUGUUCCUGGUUUGCUAUGCAGCCUGUGUGAGAAGAGCUGACUUGUGGGAAGUCAGCGUUUGUCGAGUGUGCAGGAAAAGAGAGGAGGUGUGUGUGUGUGUGUGUGUGUGUGUGUGUGUGGAAUCAUGAUGGCACAGGGUUUCACACCUCAAAGCAUUAAACAGUACAGAGUAGACCGCAGCAAUAAUGCGUGAUUAAGAAUUUACUGACACUUUAUACUUUACACUAGUGCUUAAUGUGUGUCGGUGCCUUAUCUGUGUGACGCUUACCUGGAAUCAAAGUAUCCAUCGAACUAGUUCAUCCAGGGACACCAAUGCUUCAUGGGGUAAAGCUUGUACUACACUUGUAUUUAAGGAAUUAUCAGUGUUAUUUCUCCCUUUUUAAAUAAAUCUUUGUAUUUUUAUCCUGA